AUGUCUGGAGCUUGUGCCAUUGCAAAAAAUGGAAAAGGGCAGGUGAUGAUGGUUAAGGAUCGUGGUGGUGGUGGUGGUGGCGGCGGCGUUGUUCAUCGUGAAGUUCCUAUGGUAGACAGGCGUAAGAUUUCGUCCGUAGGAAGAGAGGUAUCUAGACUCUUUGUUCGCAUUUUAAGCUCAAGUUCCCUAUUCCAUGUACUCUACGGCAGCCUGUUUCUGCCACAAGCGCACUCCGCCAUCUCCAGCCGCAAAACUCCGCAGAGGGAACAAAUUAAUUGCCUUCAUUCAUCAACAGCGAUGAGCGCGAUCACUCGACCCCCCUCACCCCUCGAGUUGAAAAGCUGCAGCUACGUAAGCUGGAUUCUCCAAUACAGAGUCCAUUAA